AUGGCCACUUGGAUCAGUCCUUCAGAGGUGUACGCCGUUGGCAAAGAGGUGACUCUGUACCCAUACGAACCGGUCCGCCCCCAUGGCAUGCCACAGUACGACCGCAAUUGUCUCCCAUCCGACCUCCGCCCUGGCGAGCUGCGCGACUUUGCCAAACCUGAUAAGAAACUCGAGGCCAAGAUCAGGAUCACGGAGGCUAUUCGGAUUGAUCAGAAUCGAUAUUCGCAGAUUUUUGCCUGUGAGGUUGUGGCCGUCCCGCGCAAGGAACGCCCCGCCUGGUACCAGCAAUCUCUCAGUCGGACCGACAAAAGCAUGAAGCAAGAGCCUCUGACCAGGAAGCUUGUCUGCAAGACGAUCGACGCGCAAUUUUUCCCGAGCAGCUUUGGCGGUCCUUACAGCAACUCGGAGGAGGCCGACGGCUUGCUAAGCCGUAUCCACGCAGCCUAUGCCUACUAUCGCUGGAACAAGAAGACCGGUUACCCGCACACUAUGCCGCAAUUCUAUGGCGGCUGGGCCAUGAAAGUCGCUGGCGGUAUGGACGAGAAGGGCCACACGGUCUCAAGACACGUUGGUUUAGUUCUCAUUGAGCACAUUGACGGCUUCUCUGUCGAGGACUUGUGCAUUCGCGAUGACGAUGAUCAAGACUGGGGUACCCUCGCACCGCGUCCCGGACCUGUCCGCUUCCGUACAAACGGUAACGAAUACAAGAACAUCACCUUCGACCUGAAGACUCGGCAGCUUGUGAUGCAGCAGGCGAUUCACGGUGUUGUACAAGGUUUUCAGCUCGGUGUUGAGCACCACGAUUUCGGUCCGUGGAACAUAUUCGUCACGAUGCGAGAUGGAUACCAGGGCCUCAGAGAGUUACGAGUCGUGAUUCUUGACCAUAAUGACACUCAGGUAUGGUACGAGACUAAGUACGCUAAGAAGUCUGGCAGAGCCUACUGUCUACAGAAGCUACCUCAUCCCGUCCACCCUGCCGAGAGAUGCAGUGCUGUUGCCCUUGAGAAGUGGCGUGGCUUUUGGCCCCCUACCUCUGAUCAGUGUUCUGGGGCUGAUGCAGACAAGCAGUUCGCCGCCUGGCUACGCCACAAGGACGUGUUUGGGCCCAAGGUCGAAGCGAAGACGCCCCCGUAUCGAGGCAUACCCGAUGAGAACUUGCAGUCAAAGCGGUCCGAGAAGCAUUUGAAGAAGUCCGUUGUGCAGAGGCCCUACGCCCAGAAGACGUACUCCACCUUCGACACACUGGACUUGAUUGGGGAGAGGGAGGAUGCGAUAGAUAACCCCAUCAUUCCUACCAUCAUGGGCGAGCUGGGAGUACAAGAUAAGCCGGAAGAGUUCGUGAAGGGCAUCGAGAUGGCCCUGCGAAGGGCGUUCCUAGGGGGCUACCAAAUGAAGUCGGAGGUCAACGGCUCGCCUUAUCCUGGACCAGACCAUAUAUGGUGGAAGGCAUGGCGAGAUGGCAAACCUGCUCCUCAUGGUCCGACAAGCGCCUCAUCGAAAGAACUCGGUUCAGAAUCCCUCGACUUUGUGCAAUCCGACGCUCCGACUCCAGUGAACAGCCCGUGUCCGGAGACUACCCUCCAGCGCAAGGUCGAGACAUCUCCACCUCCACCAGUCUUAGAGCCCCAGGAGACGACCGCGGUCGUCAGGAAUCAAGCAUCUCGUCCCGAGGACGCGGACACAAUCGCCGGCAGUCAAGCAAUCCGUUCGGAGGAGGUAAUCAGAAUCGCCAGCAGUCAACCACUCCGACCCGAGGACGCGGAAACAAUCGCCAGCAGUCAAGCGCUUUGGCCCGAGGAGACUCCAUCACAUUACCCUUGCGCCGGAGGGAGAACCGUCCGUCCCAGGGCCCAACGACUCCCACGGCUUUGGCUCAACAGUUUCCUGGUCAGGAGAACAGGCCUACAUCAUCGUCUCAAGAGGAGAUGGAUCUUGAGGUUGAAGGUGACUAUGGUUGUUGAGGCCUGCUUCCGGCCGAAGAGGAGGUGA